AUGAGCAGUAUGGACAGAGAAGACUUCUUCCCUGGGAGAUUCAAAAUCUCCUCACAGACCCAAGAAUACAUCUUGGAUGCACUCGACACGCUGCAUACGAUGAAAAGGAGGGAACUUGUGUUCCUGAGCAUCUUUGCAGGUAUAGUAGAAUGGCACAUCCUGAGCCCGAAGUACAGUCAAUCACUGUCUCUUGGACGAGGUGGGCUGCGAGGCGGCGGCGUGGCCUGGCUGCUGGCUGCGGGCACCAGAGGGGCUUGCACAAACUGCAGCAGCGCUCGGGGAUGCAGCAGAGCAUCAGCUCGUCCUUGGCACGUGGCAGUCUGCUCCCAGGAGUACCCGGAGAAGCUGGCGAGUAGGAAGAAGCGCCGGAAAGAGCGAGAGGCCCUCGGGGACCAGGCGCCUCCAAAACCUGUGCCAAAGACGAUUGAAAAUCAGAGAGUAUAUGAUGAAACAACUGUAGAUCCCAAUGACGAAGAGGUUGCUUUUGAUGAAUCAACUGAUGAAUUUGCACCAUAUUUCAACAGACAAACGAUUCCCAAGAUUCUUAUAACAACAUCAGAUAGACCUCGUGGGAGAACAGUGAGAUUCUGUGAACAACUGUCUACUGUUAUACCUAACUCGCAUGUCUACUACCGAAGAGGAUUGGCUUUGAAAAGAAUUAUUCCACAGUGUAUUGCAAGAGACUUCACAGAUUUAAUCGUCAUUAAUGAAGAUCGCAAAAUACCAAAUGGUCUUGUUUUAAGUCACUUGCCUGAUGGCCCAACUGCUCACUUCAGAAUGAGCAGUGUCCGUUUGCGUAAGGAGAUAAAGCGAAAAGGUAAAGAGCCCACAGAACAUGUCCCUGAAGUAAUCCUGAAUAAUUUUACAACACGCCUUGGCCAUUCUAUUGGUCGCAUGUUUGCUUCUCUCUUCCCACACGAUCCUCAGUUCAUUGGAAGACAAGUAGCCACGUUUCACAAUCAGCGAGACUACAUCUUUUUCAGAUUCCACAGGUAUAUCUUCAAGAGUGAAAAGAAAGUGGGGAUUCAAGAACUUGGGCCACGUUUUACCUUAAAGCUGAGGUCCCUUCAGAAAGGCACCUUUGAUUCUAAAUUUGGAGAAUAUGAAUGGAUUCAUAAGCGCAGAGAAAUGGACACAAGCAGAAGAAAAUUUCACUUGUAA